AUGUCAUUUGACAGUUUCCUCCUCUUGACUAUGUCCGUGUCCAUGAUGCCCCUGAAGACUUUCCACCCGGGCGCACUCAAGAGCAGCCCUGCCCGCGGUCUGUAUCCGGCCCCCGUGCCCCCUCACCCCUUCAUGGACUUCUUCCCUCGCCCUCACAACCUUCUGCACCCGCUCAAAUCCCUGGGACGCCUCGUGUCAGACGCGUCUUUUCAUUUUAAUGGGCAAAGUGCAAAUGGAAAUACUGCUUUCAUAAACCAAAAUCAUCUCCUGCACGAGCACAUGCUUAACCCGUACGUCAGUCAGAUGCUGCCAGGGCACGCGCUGUAUCACAAACCAGAGGAGAUGGCUGCAGUUGUGACGGAGCACGCGGCUGGACCUCUGUCCUCUCCGGACUUCAGAGGCAGUCCCUCCAGCGACAGGUCCUCCUCCACGGUGUCUUCUGCCACGACCUCCCCGCCCAAAGACGCGCUCCUCCAGCUGAGGAGCAGCGUGGAGAGAACCCCCGAGAAAAGAGCCUACAACUUUAGUGAGGACGACCUGUUCAUGGUGCUGUACGGAUACUCUGGAGGCAAAGAGCGCAGCGUGGGACAUGCCAUUUCAGGAGUGUCUCUGAUGGAGCACUCAGUUUCAGAUAACCACGUUCUUCCAUUGGACAAAGAUUCACUUGAUCUGCCAGAAGGACUCUCCAUCCAACAAGCGGCCUGGGGGAACGUGACGCACUGUGGAGUUUUCGCUGAGAAAAGCAACAUUCCUAAAGGCACGCGCUUUGGCCCCUUCCAAGGCAAAGUGGUCAACACCAGCGAGAUCAAAACAUACGACGACAACACUUUGAUGUGGGAGGUGUUUGAGAACGGCCGCCUGAGUCACUUCGUGGAUGGGCGCGGGGGUUGUGGGAACUGGAUGUCUUUGGUGAAGUGCGCGCGCUUCCCGGAGGAGCAGAACCUAACAGCGGUGCAGGUGCAGGGCCAGAUCUUUUACGAGGCCUGUAAGGAGAUCCGAGCGGGCCAGGAGCUGCUCGUCUGGUACGGAGACUGUUACAUGCAGUUUCUGGGCAUCCCACUCACACUGAAAGACACCAGAGACGAGAGCACCACGAUUCUUCCUACUGAGGAUACUGGGGAAGGUUUCAAAUGCGACAGAUGUGGCAAAGUUUUCGCCUAUAAAUAUUACAGAGACAAGCACCUGAAGUACACCCGCUGUGUGGAUCAGGGCGACAGAAAGUUCCCCUGCCAUCUCUGCAACAGAUCCUUUGAAAAGAGGGACCGACUACGCAUCCACAUCCUCCACGUGCACGAAAAACACAGACCACACAAGUCUACCACAGUCGAGACUCCUCAACUCCAGACUCUCAAUUACAGACUCACACUGUCUCGUUUUAUCAAUGUUCGUCAUCACAUGGACAUCGGUCGCAUAGACAGAGGGUCAGGGUUCGAGCGUUUUGCCUCUCUUUACAUGGUGGUACAGGGUAACUACGCUCUGCGUCCGUCGUCAGGAAUUGAAGCGGACUUCCCCAAGUGCACCUAUAGCUCCAGAGUGGGUGGAGCUGUCCUCAGGGGGGAUUUACAACAUAUGGAGCAAGCAGGAGCCACAUGCAGCCCCAUGCACUCAUGA